AUUUUUUAACUAUAUGGAACGUAACAUUAAAAAAACAUAGAACAAUCACAAAAAUAGAUAUUUUAUUAAAAUAAUUUAAUAAUUGGACAUAUGAACAUCAGAUAGAAUAUAUUUUGAAUUUAUUGUUUAUCUUUAAGGAAUACAAUCAGUGAUGCUGAAGAAAGGACGCAAAUAAUAAUACUGUAUCUAUCAACAGAGCGAACUUGCUAAUAAACACAGUCCAAGGUUUAACGUCCUAGGAAAAAUAUAUCAAUUGAUCUUGAUUCUAUAUUAAGCAUAUAAUUAGACUUAAUGGCAGCCCAAGAGGAUACAUCCAGUACAGACUCCGAAUUCUUCGACACAACUAAACUUUCACAGGAAGUAGAUUUAAUAAUCAGACGGAAAAACGUGACGUUACAUCUCGAUAUGCGAGACAACGUCACAGUUAACGAACUCAAGAAAAUGAUCGAAGCUAUAUUGCACAUACAGCCAGAGGAUCAACAGCUAUUUCUCAUGUUUGAGAAUAAUGAAAAGCUUGACACAUAUCGGGAAUUUUCCAAUCCUAUGGCAUGCUUGUCCGAGUAUGUGCACAUUUCAUCACCAGUACAUCCUGCAGUAGUGGGCCUGGCUGUGCGACAAGAGAAUGGGUCAUUCGAAAAACUGGAAAUAACAUCUUACUCAAUGUCAAACUCUUCAAAAUUGCUGUCAGAAUUCCCUACUGAUGAUAUUUUAAAAAAAGCCCGCAAAAUAUAUGCAAAAUUUUGGAGGUAACCGAUAAAUGAGGCAUAGGAUGAUAAAGAAACUGGAAAAUAAUACGAGAUUGCAUUUAUCGACAAUGAAGUUUUGUAUCAUGUGCAACUAACUGGUCCAAAUUUUGGAUAACAAAGCAGAAAGAAUAUAUAUUUUAAUGUAAAUACUAUAGUGUAAGCAUACUCCUACUAAAUAAUUCUAUUCAUAUUGCAUAUAAUUUUAUACAAAUCACAAAACUUUGCAGUACUGAAUUUAUUAGGAAUACUAUCACCUUUGUAGUAUUGAGAUCUUUGAUAUUGACAAAUUCACGUUGUGUAACUCACACAUGGAAGACUUAAUGUAACUUACUGAACUAUGACACAAAUGUAUAAAUAAUAACUGAUAAAUAAUAAGCUUUUCAUAAUACAAUCAAUAUUUCACACAAUAUAAAUUUUACAUUUUCUUCAA